GGGUCCCCCCAGCCUCCCCUGCCAGCACCAGGAAGGGAAGGGGCCCCUCCCACCCCUCCCCAGCAGCCCAGUUCCCGUGGGGGAGGGGGCCUCCAAUUUUGUGUUUGCCCAGGGCCCCAGUACACAUUAAUCUGCCUCUGUGGGGAGCAGAGUGGGGCUGGACCCAGAGCAGUGGGGUUGGGGGUGGGUGUGGCCAGACGCAGGGCUCCAUCCCCACCCACCUGGCCCCAUCAUUCCUAACGGGUACUUUGCCUGCAUCUUAGUCAUAAUCGAUUAUACCACCUGUUACCCUGAGGCGACCCCUUUGCGGGCAGCGGCAGGGACACGCAUUAUGGAGGAGUUACUGAAGUGGAUAUCGAGGGUAGGACUUCCGAGGGAUGUUGUAACCGAUCAGAGCACUAACUUCAUGGCUAAGGUAUCACAGAACAUCUAUUGGGUCCUAGGAAUCAGAUGAUUGCCAACAUGAGUCUACCACCCCUGGACAAAUGGUCUGGUGAAGAGGUUAAAUGGAACACUAAAAGGGAUGCUCCGUAGGUGCACUCAGGAGGACCCCUGAAAGUGGGACUUGUUGAUCACCCAGUUAUUGUUUACCCUGAGGGCCAUACCAUGGGCAUCCACAAAGUAGUCUCCCUUUGAGCUGGUUUAUGGACGCAGGUGCAGGGACCUAUUAGCAGUUCUUAAGGAAGGGUGGGAACAACCCACAUCGAGCCCAACAAGAGCUGGGGUUCAUUGUGAAGCUCUGAGGGCCUGUUUGCUGCCCACGAGGCAGGUGGCUCUGUAAAAUUUGAGGGAGGCCCAACAGAAACCAAAGAGGCAUCAUGACAGAGUGGCUGAGGAGAGAGCUCCAGGUUAACCACAGGGUAUCAGUCCUAUUACCCACCGUGGCCGGUAACCUGCUGGUGAAGUGGCAAGGCCCCUUGGAAAUAAGAAGGUGCGCCGGGCUGGUGGAUCACAAGGUAUUCUAGCUGGGCAUCAAUGCGAGUGACAGAUUUUCCAUGUAAACUUGUUAAAAGCUGGAAGAAGGCCAAGGGGUGGUUAACUGAGGCUGAACUAGAAAGUGCAGAAUUUGGCCCUGAAAUAAGCAAGGACAUUAGGGAAACACCCAGGGAGGAAAGAGUACAAAUUGAAGAGCGUCUGACAGCUACUCAGAGAGGAGACUUGGUUCAGGUAACAUGCGCCUUUCGCAAUGUCUUUUGAGAGGAAUGUGGGUGGGUCACGGGGUGAAGCACCGGCUCCACACCCUGCCUAAAAGAGUGGUGCGAGAGCGGUGCUGUCCUGUUCCCGACCAUUUAUAUGGCCCCAUACAUCAGGAGCUCUGAAAGAUGCUUGGACAAGGGAUAACAGUCCCCUCACGGGGUCUGUGGCAAAGCCUGACGGGACCUUACAUCUCAGUGUAGAUUUCAGAGGGGUAAAUGCUAUAGCCACUUUCGAUGCCUUCCCCAUGCCUCAGCUUUUAGAAAGGAUAGGACAGGCCCGCUACAUAAUGACACUUGACCUGUCUCAAGAGUACUGGCAAAUACCCACGGCCACAAAAGACCACGCCAAAACUGUUUGUGGGACCCCAUGGGACCUAUAUGAAUUUUAUAGAAUGCCCUUCAGGCUGCACGGGGCAGCCGCCCCUUUCCAAAGACCGAUGAACCAAGCUUUGGCCUUACAUGCGAGGUACACAUCAGCAUACAUAGACGAUAUUGUCAUAUGCACCAGAACUUGAGAUCAGCAUUUGAGAGCACUGACGGUUGUACUUAAAGAAGUGAGGGAGAUUGGGGUGGCGGCCAAUCCAAAAAAAAGUGCAGUAGGAAGAUGGGAAUCAAAGUACCUGGGAUUCCUAGGGGGGCAUGGGACCAUCAAGCCUUUGGCAGACAAAAUCCAGGCUAUAGGAGACUUUACACCACCCAAAACCAAAGAGCAAAUGAGAUCCUUCCUGCAUCUGGCUAAUUAUUAUCAAGAGUUCAUUUCCCACUGGGCAGAAUCGUUGAAUGCAAGCAGGGAGCAUGUGAGAGGCUGUGACAAGGAUCCUGUGAGGAGUGACGCCUUUGUGAACAUCAAGAAGGCCUCAUAUCAUCAUGAUGUCUUGGUACAGGGAGCAGUGACCCCCGGCAUGGCACGCCAUGGCAGAUCUGGGCUCUGGAGCCUGGGCUGCUCCCAGCAGAUGGCUGCACACCCACUGCAAGCAGCCGUGCCCCGUGUGGCCCAGAAUGUCACAAAGCCUGAGGCUCAGCCCAAAGUCCAUGUGAAGGUUCAUACCAAGGCCUUUUUCCCAGUGCAGAUUCCUGUGAUGUGGAGGCUUCCUGGGACCCAUCAGCAGAGGAAAUCUCCGUGGGCUCAUUUCCUGCAGCAGACUUUGCCCUAAAAACAGGAGGUGCCUGGCUGGUGAGCAGAGCUGAGGAGCAGGCUCCUAAGGAAGGGCUUGCAAAUCUGGAGCCACCAUGGGCUUCCCAAGGGGGUUUGGGUGAGAUGGACUCCCUGAGCCCCGUGAAGCACCAAUGGCACAAGGGUCAGGAGAAGCCCCAAAAGUGGAAGGAGAAUGUAGCAGUGGACCAGGUCCCAUCUCCAGUUGCUUGUGAGAAUGAAGAAGGGAAAGAAGCCAGAAAAAGACCCGUGUUCAGGGAAGAUUUUCUGAUGCUGAGAGACCUGAAGAGGCAUAAAGAAAAGGUCCUUUGCAUGCAGUCUCUCUCUUUGGUGGAAGGCAGUGGGGAUGGCCUUGGAGGGAAUCUGGAGCUCACCACCAAGCCCAGGGGGAGAGCCCACCCCUGCCCUCAGUGCAGCAAAAGCUUUAACUACCCCUCACUCCUGGCUCUGCAUGAGAUAAGGCAUGCUGGGGAGAAGCCCCACAUAUGUACCACGUGUGGGAAGAGCUUCACCUACCCCUCCUGCCUUGCCCGGCGCCAGCACAUCCAAUGGCUUGAUUUGGCACCAGUGCAUCCACUACACAGUGGAGAAGCCACAUCAGUGCUCUGAAUGUGGGAAAAGGUUCACCCAGUCCUCCAGGCUGGCUGAGCACAAGCCACGUAACUGCUUAGUGUGUGGGAAAAGCUUUAGCUAUGCCUCCAGCCUGACCCAGCACCAAAGCAUUUACCAUGCAGAGGAGAAGCCCCAUCACUGCACUGAGUGUGAGAAGAGCUUCAGCUGCUUUUCCAUGUGGCCAAGCACCAGCUUAUCCACACAGGGAAGAAGCCACAUGGGUGCUCUGUGUAUGGGAAGAUUUCAUAGAUUUCAUAGACAUUAGGGCUGGAAGGGACCUCGGAAGAUCAUUGAGUCCAGCCCCCCGCCCAAAGGGCAGGACAUCAGCUGGGGUCAUAGGAUCCCAGCAAGAUAAGCAUCCAGUUUCAUCUUGAAGGUGUUCAAUGAAGGCGCUUGAACAACCUCCGGCGGCAGGCUGUUCCAGACCUUGGGGGCUCGGACAGUAAAGAAAUUCUUCCUUAUGUCCAGCCUGAAACGAUCUUGUAGUAGUUUGUGACCAUUCGUCCUCGUCAUCCCUUGGGGCGCUCUGGUGAACAAACGUUCCCCUAGAUACUGGUGGUCACCCCUGAUAAACUUGUAGGUGGCCAUCAGAUCACCCCUGAGCCUGCGCUUUUCCAGGCUAAAGAGCCCCAGGGCUCUCAGCCUGUCAUCGUAGGGUCUGCUUCCCUGACCUCUGAUCAUGCGCGUGGCUCUUCUCUGGACUCUCUCAAGCUUCUCCACAUCCUUUUUGAAUUGUGGAGCCCAAAACUGGACGCAGUACUCCAGCUGCGGCCUCACUAAGCCCGAGUACAGGGGGAGAAUGACGUCCCGGGAUUUGCUUGAGAAGCAUCUAUGGAUGCAAGCCAGCGUUUUGGUCGCUUUACUAGCCGCAGCAUCGCAUUGCAGGCUCAUGUUCAUCUUGUGGUCAAUGAUGACCCCCAAGUCUCUUUCUUCCAUAGUGCUAACCAACAUAGCACUGCCGAGCCUAUAAGGAUGCUGCGGGUUUUUCUUCCCAAGGUGGAGAACCUUGCAUUUAUCGGCGUUGAACACCAUCAGAUUCUCAUCCGCCCACUUGCUGAGCCUGUCCAGGUCAGCCUGGAUCAUCUGCCUGUCUUCUGGUGUGGAUGCUUUGCCCCAAAGUUUGGUGUCAUCGGCGAACUUGGCCAGUCCGCUUCUGACUCCAGUGUCCACAUCAUUAAUGAAUAUAUUGAACAGUAUGGGUCCAAGGACAGAGCCCUGGGGGACCCCACUGGUCACAGGACACCACAAUGAGUGACUUCCAUCAAUUACUACCCUCUGGGUCUGACCCCGGAGCCAAUUUUCCAGCCAGUGGAUCGUGGGGGACCCAAGGCGACAAUUGGCCAGUUUCUCCAAGAGACGAUCAUGGGACACCAGAUCGAAGGCUUUUUUGAAGUCAAGAUAUAUGACAUCAAUCUCAUCUCCCUCUUCCUUAGGGAAGAGCUUCACCUACUCCUCCAACCUGACCCAGCACCAGCACAUCCACACAAGGGAGAAGCCACCUCAUUGUUCUGAGUGUGGAAGGAGCUUCACCCAUUCCAGAAACCUGUCCCAGCAUCAGCGCAUCCACAUCCAGAAGCAUCCCUAAUUCUGCCAGCAGUGCAGGAAGGGCUUGGUGCUGUCUCCCUGCUCAGCACCCACCAGUGGCUGCAUUUUGGCAAGCAUCUUCAGACUGCAGAAGGAGUUCCUCCAGGCUUUAUCCCUUGUAGGGCACAUCAGAAGCCCAGAGGCCUGGCCCCCAAGGUUCAAUUGUGGGGAGGGGUUAAGAGGAAAUACCUCAGACAAGGCCAGCCCAGGUGUUGGGGGAGGAGAUAAGGAGGAAAUGAUUUUUUUGCAUCAGCCUUGGAUCCUGUGCAUUCUCCAUCAAUCUCUAAAAGCAGUCAGUGCUCCCUGGGGAGGAAGUGCCUUCAUGAUAGGGUGUUCUGCCCAAGACAACUGUCUUCAAAUGACUCCUAGGGAUUGUCCUUUGCCUCCCAGCUUUCUCUUCACUCCUGGUCCCAAUGUUGUUGUGUGAGGCUCUCGAGUAGCAGGAAGGAGGACAUUCGUGGCUGGGAAAGUAUUCACUACCAUCCACCCUGACCUUACCUUUCCUCACCACAAUAUCAUCCCUAUCCCAGGUCUCCCCAUGCCCAGUGGGGUCUGCAAGUAGUUGCUACUACCACCCCCUGAGCCUUUCUGGCUUGUUUUGCUUUUCAGCCCCUCCAGAACUCUGCAGCACUGGGUGCCUGCUGCUUCCUUCCCCUCAUGUUAUUCUCUCUAAUACAUUCACUGAUACUACAGCACCAGAACUGAAGAUGACACCCCUGUGGUUGGUCUCUGUCCUUUCCUGAGCUGUGCAAUUGGAACAGACAAGGGCCCACAACACUUUCCAGGGCAGAUGUCUCUGUGACUUCCCAGCCCUUCUCUUUCCAGACCAUUGGAGCUUGUUCUAACCCUUGGGAAUAGGAAUUGUUCUGAUUCGAGGCCUCACUCCCCUGUUCUACUGUGCAGCAAGGUCCCUGCCCUUCUGAAGGAACCGCUGGGCAGGAGGCAGUAGAGUCCCUUUUCUGUGUGCAAUUAGGUACCAGGGGUGAAGGAGAUGCAGCCAGUGGCAGGUCCUGCCUCUCCUGUGGAAGGGUGAGGAAAGUAUGAAGAUGUUCUGUGGGUGAAAUGCAGCACAAUGUAAUCUAUUGGGAAUACUGAGGCCUUCCUGCUCGUACUGUAGCCAUUUGGCUCAAUGAUGGUCCUGGGGAGACAUACUGCUGUGGAGCUGACUGAGGGACCCUUGCAACCCCCAGGAUACUGGUCCCAGGCAGGGCGAGUCCAGCCAGACCACUGCAUCCCCUAGGAGGGAGGAGUGCAGGGUGGGAGACCUUCCCCUCCAGUGGGAUCCCUGAGCUGUUCCAGUGUGUAGAAACAAGGGGAGCAUGUUCAGACAGAGGCAUGUGGGCUGCACCCUGAUGCCUCUGAACAUGCAUCCUGCAGGUCUCCCUCUGAGAGGUGCUGUGAAGAAAUCCCUUCCCUCUCUGCCCCUCACUUGAGUUAGCCCAGGUGACCCCUCUCUCUCUCAGAUUUCUUCUUGGUUCAGGCUGGUCAAUUAGGUGACCUGGCCAGUGUUUACAGGUGAUAGCCUUUCAAUUGAACUAAGCUCAGUGUACUGUUCACAUUAAAUUACAGCAGGGGGAAGCACAUAACAAUCGACCCUGCUGAUGUUUUUGGUACUUGAUUAGAGCCAGGGGCACUGUCAAACCAGUAAUCCCUGAGCCAGCAGGGGCUAGCACUGUCUGCCUGCUGCAAGGGACCCUCCAGGUAUGCUCUAUGCCCACCCAUGCCUGCAGCCGUUGCUCUAGCCCCAGUUUCUCCUCACACCCCUACUGCACCCUCAGACCAUGCAGCCCCCCUCCAUCCCACCACAUGCCUCAUUCUACGCCUGCACCGCACAGCUUCCCCCACCUGCCCAUAUAGGCACCCUGCACCUUGCAACCCCCCAACCGCCACCCGGUGCUCACAACUCUCAUUGCCAUGGGAUCUCCAGGCAGCCCAUGGUCGGCAGGGAUCCCCAUGCCAAGCCACAUGUAUCCCCUCCCACACCCUCAAACCACAUGAACUCCCAUAUCAUUCCACCUGGGAAAGAAAACAUGCCACAUUUUUAUUUUAACUUUUUUUUUUAAUGCCAUGCCAUUAGAGGUACAAGUAGCACGUCUCCCCAUCUGGUGGAGGGACUGGAAGUGGAGAUAGAAGUGAUGGAAAAUGCUCCUGCCCCCAUGCUGGUGGGGUGGGAUAUUACAGAGCUUGAGCACAUGAGAGCAGCACGGGUAAACAUCGUAGAACCCCUCCAUGUUAAUUUAGUGACUCGCCAGCAGAACAAGAAGGUGAAGGCGGGAGGUGGGGAAACCUCCCAGAGCCAGGUAACCCAGUUGACUGUGGAGGCAAGAGGGGGAUAAGGAAGAGACCCCACCUGACUGCAGCAACCAGCUGGCUGCUGAGGGAACCAAUGACCCUGGGGUCAAGCUAAGUGACAGCCCCAGGGAGGAGCCCAGUCAGUCAGUGGCAGAGGAAGCCUAGGCUCUCAGGGAGGAGUUAGAGAGCAUCCCUGUGGAGGAAGGUUCACCCCUUAUGGAAGCACUGGGACUCCCUGCUGAUAGCCUAUCUGGACAGGGUUCAAACCCCAGCUUGGAGGAAUUCUGAUGGGUGGCCUAGGUGCAAGAAACGGAGUUCACCCCAGAUAAGAAGGAACAGGUGGUCUGGGAUAAAGGACUCCUUUAUUGGCUAUGGGUACCUAAGAACCAUGCUAAGUCCUGGGAGCCCUAUUGCCAGUUCGUGGUACCUUUGAAGUUCAGGCGGCAACCGCUCACCGUGCCUCAUGACUUACCUUGACUAGAGUGCACGCCCAUCUGUAUGUGUGCCUGCGUGUGUCUGUGUGCAUGUGUGUGCCUGCAUGUGUGUGCAUAUGCAUGUCUGCAUCUGUGUUCAUGGUAGGAGGGAGACUGUGUUUGUGUCUGUAUCUGCAUGUGUGCAUGCGUGUGUCUGUGUGUGCAUGCAUGUGUUUGUGUUCAUGGCAGGGAGACUGUAUUUGUGUCUGUGUCCAUGGGCAGAAAGUGAGUAGACUGUGUGCCUAUCUGCAUGUGUGCAUGCAUGUGUCUGUGUGUGUAUGUAUGUGCAUGCGUGUGUCUGUGUUCAUGGCAGGAGGGAGAGUGUGUUUGUGUCUGUGACCAUGUGCAGGGAGUGACACAGACCCACACACACACAGACGCACACUUGCCCCUCAGAGGACCUUCCCCCUCCCCCACUCUCGAUCACACAGAGGCAGCCUUCUGCCCUCCCUCCCCCUGCGCCCCCAUCCCCUGCCGCAAGUUGCCCGUGGCUCAGACUUGCUCCCCACCCGGCCCGUUACACUGACCUGCAGGGAGCUGCUGCCAGGCUGUCCCAUGCAGCCAGGCAGAUGUGCCAUGUCUCUGCAGGUGGGCAGCAGCACUGGGAGGGGUGGCUAGGAUGAAUUGGGGGGAGGGGGGGGGCUAGAGCCCCCAAGGCCCUCCCAGUACCACCACCUGCAAAGGUGGGAGUACAGGUGUUCAUACAGGAGAACAAAGAUUGAUUCAUGUUGGGCUGGGUGGACCACAUCAUCUGGUAUACAACCAGAUGCCACUUAGGCAGCUCUACAGUAAUCAUCUUGUGUAGAUGCACCCUGUGGGGGGGGAAUUGGGUCUUUUAUGGCCCCCUCCCAGAGGGGCAGAGGGCUGUGGCUGGGUGGGAGCUGUAGUGGGCUCUGAGGGCAGCUCUCUCUAUCCAGGGGUAGGGGCGAUGCAGGGGAAAUGUCUCCCACACCAGCUAGACAAAGCUGUGCCUGGGCAAGGAACAUUUGUAUGGCAGGACGGCCACUCUCCCAGGGCCAGGGCCUGACAGCCUGCACUCUCACUCUCGUGUUACUCCCCCAUGGACACGGUUAGGAGGGCUGUUGGGCUCUGACUCCUGGCUUCCCGUCCUAGCCCGGGUGGGGUUGCUCUGCUCCGGUGCACGUUACCUGGCCCCCCGCGUGGUGGAAAGCUGGACCCCUCCACCGGUGUGGACUAAUUGCCUGGGGGGGGCUUGUUUUUUUUGUCCCCAUCACAGUGAUGAAUGUGAGCGUCUCAGGGCAGCACAGGGCUUGGACCCAGAGGCGCUGAGGAGCAGGCAGGUCACCCCGGGCUCCUGGGCAGCGUCCCCAGGCAAGAGGAGCCUGUUCCUCUGUGCCGUGGGCCCUGCAAGGGGCUUGGUGUGGGCGGGGGCUCCUCCCUCCCUCCCGGAGCGGUCAGCCGGCGAUGGGCUCCGCGGGGGGGGCUGGGAGCCGUUUGCAGCCCGCACGUGUGCUCGGUCCGGGCUGUGGCCGCGUCCACACCGGGCUGUCACGUGUCUGCGCCCCGCGCCCAGGCAGCGCGUUGGGGGAGGGCUGCGCUGGGCAGGGGGCAACACCGCCCGCGAGCUCAUUUACAUGCGAUUUGCAUAUGCAGAUAAGGGCGGUGCUGAAGCUGGUCCCAAGUGGGGGUGGGGUUCAACGUGUUGCUGCCUUCUCCAAUCGCGGCGGGCAGGGCUUGCAAAGCAGGCUGGGAAGGGCCAGGAGGCCUCGCCCCCUCCCCGGGAAGUAGCGUCUUCUGCGGGCAGGUAGCGCGGGCUUGUUCCGGCUCUUCCCGUCCCGAACAGGUCUCGGCGGUACGGGGGCAGGAGCAGGACGUGCUGCUGUGGGGAGGCGGGCUUCUCCCGUCCCGUCCCGUCCCGUCCCUCCUCCUGCCCCGCCGAGCCCGAGGAGCGGGAUCCCGCUGCGCCCGGCCCGGCCCGCGGGGAGCAGCGCUAAGGGGUCCCAUGACCCUGAGCAGAACAGAUCAGCAGCCUCCCAAGGAAGGCCCUGUAAACCUGGAGCUGCAGAGACCCUCCCCAGGGAGACGGGGACAGAGCCGGGCCAGCUGCAGGAGGGGCAGGGCAGGCUGGUGAAGCAGGGGGAGAGCAUGGAGCUCCAGGAGGUGUUUGAGGACGUGGCAAUGUAUUUCACACGGGAGGAGUGGGAGCUGCUGGAAGAGGAAGACAAAGGGCUUUACCAGGACCAGAUGCUGAGGAACUACCAAGCCCUCCUUUCCCUGGGAUAUCGAGGUCCCACACCUGACUUAAUUGGCCGCAUCCAGCGAGGACAGGUGGAGCUCUGGGUCUGUGAUGAUGAGGACCGUGGGAAAAUCUCAAAAUUGGAGGACCUGCUGCCAGGAGGUGCCUGGCCACUGAGCAGAGCUGAGGAGCAGGCUCCUGAGGAAGGGCCUGCAAUCCUGGAGCCACCAUGGGCUUCCCCAAAGAGUUUAGGUGAGAUGGACUCCUUGCACCCUGUGACAGACAAAUGGCACAAGGGUCAGGGGAGUCCCCAAAGGCAGAAGGAGAAUGUAGCAGUGAACAAGACCUCGCUUCCAAUUGGGCAAGAGAAUGAAGAAGGGAAAGAAGCCAGAAAGAGCCCAGGGCACAGGGAAGAUUUUGUGGUGCUCAGGAAAAUGAAGAGGCACAAGGCAAAAGUCUGCCGGAGAGAGAGACUGCAUGCAAACCAAGGCAGUGAAGAUGGCCUCAGAGGGAAGCAGAAGAUCACUGCCGAGCACAGGGAGAGAGCCCACCCCUUCCCUGAAUGCAGGAAAAGCUUAAGCUGCCCCUUAAUCCUGGCUCUGCACAAGAUAAGGCACGUUGGAAAGAAGCCCCACAUGUGCAGCAAGUGUGGGAAGAGCUUCACCUGCCUCUCAACCCUGGCUGCUCACCGCCAGAUCCAUUCUAGACAUCUUCCCCACCACUUCACCAAAUGGGGAAAGAGCUUUGUGGGCUGCUUGGAGCUGGUCAAGAACCAGUACGUGCACAGGAAGAAACAUCAAUACCUCUGUGUCACAUGUGCUAAGACCUUCACCUCUUUCUUCUCCUUGGUUCAGCACCGUCGCAUGCACUUGGGGAGGAAGAGAAAUCACUGCACCAAGUGCAAAAAGAACUUCAUCAGCUGGCAAGGCCUGUCCCAGCACCAAUGUGUGCCAAGGGGGCAGCAGCCACUCCACGGCAGCAAGAGAGUGAAGAGCUUCAGGAAGCCCACCAACCUGGCCAGGCACAAAUCCAUGCACACAAGGGAGAAGCCACAUAAGUCCUCGGAGUGUGGAAAGAGCUUAACCCACUACCCUUCCUUACCCAAAGGUCACCUCAUCCACACAAGGGAGAAGCUACGUGACUGCUCUGUGUGUGGGAAGAGCUUCACUGACUCCUCCAACCUAGCCCGACACCAGCUUGUACACACAGGGGAGAAGCCACAUCACUGCUUUGUCUGUGGGAAGAGCUUCACCCAGUCGUACAGCCUGACCCAGCACCAACUUAUCCACACAGGGGAGAAACCACACCAGUGCUCUGAGUGUGGGAAGAGCUUCACCCAAUCCUCCAACCUGGCUCAGCACCAGCACAUCCACAGAGGAGAGAAGCCACAUCAGUGCUCUGUGUGUGGGAAGAGCUUCAGCCAGUCCUCCAACCUGGCCCAGCACCGGCUUAUCCACACAGGGGAGAAGCCACAUCAGUGCUCUGUGUGUGGGAAGAGCUUCAGCCAGUCCUCCAAUCUGGCCCAGCACCAGCUUAUCCACACAGGAGAGAAGCCACAUCAUUGUUCUGUGUGUGGGAAGAGCUUCACCCAGUCCUUCCACCUAGCUGAGCACCAGCGCAUCCACACAGGGGAGAAGCCACAUCAGUGCUCUGUGUGUGGCAAGAGUUUCAGCAAAUCCUACGGCUUGGCCCAGCACCAGCGCAUCCACUACACAGGGGAGAAGCCACAUCAGUGCUCUGAGUGUGGAAAGAGCUUCACCCGAUUCUCCCGCCUGGCUGAGCACCAGCACAUCCACUAUGCAGGUGAGAAGCCACAUAGGUGCUCUGAGUGUGGGAAGAGCUUCACCUACACGUCUAGCCUGGCUCAGCACAAACUCAUCCACCACACAGGGGAGAAGCCCCAUCAGUGCUCUGUGUGCGGGAAGAGCUUCACCUACUCUUCCAAGCUGGCCCAGCACCAGCGUAUGCACACACGGGAGAAGCCACAUCAGUGCUCUGUGUGCAGGAAGAGCUUCACCUAUUCCUACAGCCUGGCCAAGCACCAGCUUCUUCACACAGGGGAGAAGCCACAUCAGUGCUCUGUGUGUGGGAAGAGCUUCACCUACCCCUCCCGUCUGGCCCAGCACCAGCGUAUUCACACACGGGAGAAGCCAUAUGAGUGCUCUGUGUGUGGGAAAAACUUCACCCAUGCCUCCAACCUAGCCCAACACCAGCGUAUUCACACAGGGGAGAAGCCACAUCAGUGCUCUGUGUGUGGGAAGAGGUUCACCCAAUCCUCCCACUUGGCCGAGCACCAGCACAUCCACACAGGGGAGCGGCCAUAUCAGUGCCCUGUUUGUGGGAAGAGCUUCACCCACGCGUCCAACCUGGCCAAGCACCAGUGCAUCCACAAGGCAGAGAAGCCCCAUCAUUGCUCUGAGUGUGGGAAGAGCUUCACCUACCCCUACAACCUGGCUCGGCACCAGCGCAUCCACACAGGAGAAAAACCACAUGAGUGCUCUGAGUGUGGGAAGAGCUUCACACACUUCUCCUACCUGGCCCGGCACCAGCUCAUCCACACAGGGGAGAAGCCACACCAGUGCUCUGAAUGUGGGAAGUGCUUCACCCAGUCCUCCCACUUGGCCGAGCACCAGCAUACCCACGUGGGGGAGAAGCCACAUCAAUGCUCUGUGUGUGGAAAGAGGUUCAUGUAUCCCUCCCAGCUGGCCCAGCACCAGCGCAUCCACAUGGGGGAAAAGCCACUCAAGUGCCCAGUGUGUGGCAAGAACUUCAGUAAAUCCUGUGGCUUGGCGCAGCACCAGCGCUUCCACUACACAAGGGAGAAGCCAUAUCAGUGCUCUGAGUGUGGGAAGAGCUUUACCCAGUUGUCCCACCUGGCCAAGCAUCAGUGCAUCCACAUGGAGGGAAAAAGAAUAUUGGCACUCAGUGUGAGAAGAACUUCAUCUGCUCCUCCACCAUGCCUGAGUACCAGUGCAUCCAUACAGGGGUGAAGCCACAUCAGUGCUCUGAGUGUGGGAAGAGCUUCACCUAGUCCUCCAGCCAGACUGAGCAUCAGUGCAUCCACGUGGUGGAGAAGCUACAUCGAUGCUUAGAGUGUGGGAAGAGCUUCACCCAUUUCUCUCAUGUGUCCCGGCAUGAGCACAUCCACACCUGGAAGCAUCCAUACUUCUGCCCGCAAUGCAAGAGGAGCAUGGGGAUGUCUACCUGCUCAGCACCCACCAGCAGGUGCAUUUAGGCAAGCACCCUCAUGCUGGUGGACUGCAGAAAGAGUUCCCCCAGGCUUCAUCCUUUGUAGGGCACUGCAGAAGCCCAGGGCCCAAAGGUUGGCCCUCAAGGUGUGAUUGCAGGGAGGGGCUAAGAGGAAACAUCACAGGCAAAGAUCAGCCCUGAUGCUGGGGGAAGAUGAGUAAGAGAGGACUUUUGCACCUGCCUUGGAACCUGUUCAUUCCCUGCUGUCCAUCCUGACCUCACCUUUCCUCACCACCACAUCACCCAUUUCCCAAACCUGCCCAUGCCCAGUGGGGUCUGCAAGGAGCUGCUCCUGCCAUCCCUGAACCUUUUUCACCUGUUUUCCUUUUCAGCCUCCCCAGGACUGCACCCCUGGGUGCCUGCUGUCUCCCUCCCUUUGUUGUGUUCUCUAAUGCAUUCCCUGUUGUUAAAGCCCCAGAACUGAACAUGCUA